GAGCCGGAGAUGGAGAAAAUACAGUUGUGGUUGUGAAUAUCAAGUAACUAACAAUCGCGUAUUGUUCUCAAAAUGGUCCAAUUAUCUGGAAAAUACAAGCUUGUUGAAAAUAAGAAUUUUUAUGAAUUCUUAAUCGGUGUGGGAGAAUCUGAAGAAAGAGCAAAGGAGGGGAAUGCAGUUAAAGGGACGUUGGAGGUUAAAAUCGAUGGAAAUAAAAUUUCAAUGACGAACGAUACGCCUGCCCAUGUCAGCAACUUAGUGGCAGGUGAAGAACGGGAUGAAAAAUUUGGAGAAUAUGUAGUUAAGAGUAAAGCUACCAUAGAUGGUAACGUCCUUACUGUGACUUCAAAGACACCGGAAGGUCAACCUGCAGGGUCUAGAACCUUGACCUUCUCUGACUCUGGAUUAGAAAUAGUAAUCAGUAGUGCUAAGGAUGGCAAGACAUACUCAGCCACACGAAUUUAUAAAAGGGUUUAAACAUAUUUUGUAAAACAUUUGUCACACGAAGAGAACUAGGGUGUUAUUUUUGAAUUUUAAUAUUAUUUAAUAAAAUAGUAACAAAGUAA